AUGACCGUCUUCAAGUCGUCCAUGGAACAGCCAGCCAGAAGUCAUGUCGACAUCCUCAGUCCGGCGCUAUCCACUCCUGAGUCGAGUCGUUCGAUGCAUGCACGGGACGGACCGCGAAUGCUGAGCCUGGGUAGCACCGGGUGCACGUUCAGGUUGACCGACUAUGUCGUCGUCAAGAAGGUCCGCCCGGGCCGAGAAGCCAACAUGGCUCAAGAACAGCAUGUUUUUGCCAUACUUGAGAGCCAUCCUCCCUCGCCGUACAUUAUUCGACGAUUCUACCGUACCGAGGAGAUGAUAUUCUUGGAGUAUGUCUCGAAUGGGGAUCUCGCAUCCCUCCUGAGGGAUCAACAGCUGAGAGACGACCUGUCGUCGGCCCACUGCGAUAUUCGUCCUGGAAACAUGCUCCUAUGUGACUCCGGGCGAGUGAAGCUUGCAGACUUUGACCGUACAAUCAGGAUAAGGGACGAUAUGUUGUCCGGAGCAGAGCAAUUUGCAAGACUACUCGGCGACGAAGGCGGUCUGGACUGUGGGACCUAUGGAAAGGCCGGCUGCCGGUCCGAACAGUUCGCCAUUGGGUCAGUGUUCUAUUCAUUGACUCGUGGUUAUGACCCGCUUGAGGACGAAUGGUGGGGUCCCGAUCAUGGCCCAAUUCGAAUGCAGAAGCUGCAGAAGAUGGAAUUCCCGCCUGUAGGCCGCUUGGGAUACGAUGGGAUUAUACAUAACUGCUGGCAUGAUCGAUACCAGUCCAUCGCAGAUCUCUCGGCGGACAUUGCAGCUUUGGACCAAACUGCCUGGGAAGCCACUUGCGAAGAUGAUUUUCUCUGGAUCAAGGCAAGGAUACAGGAAUGCGAGACAACGGCUCGGAGCGGUAUCCUGGAAAAACUCAUCACCAGGUAG